AGGAACCGACCGACCACCAAAAAUAUAGGAAACAAAUGUAGACUCUCAGGUGCGCGCCAGAGGCAAAGCAAAACUUCAGUUUUUAUAUCUCUUAAACAAAAUAAUAGAAAUCUUAUUCCGAUAUGAAAUAAUUGGAUUUAUUAAAUAGUGUCUAAGUUGAAAAUUCUAACAAAAAACGAAAAAAGAUCUACCAAUCAUUAAUACCAUAAUUGGAAACAUUUGUCUUGGCUUACCCACCGGAAAAAUUAAACAAGCUAUAAAUUAGAAUUUGUGCGCUGCAUUUGAAAUGAAAUGAAAUUGUCUUGGCUUAAUCAAGUGUUCGAAUUGAUUAGUGCGAGUACAUUGCAAUUGUACGAGGAUAGCGGUCGGUUCCUGCAUCAGUUUGUUGGCAAUCAGACGCAAGCGUUGAUUUUAUUACAAGAAACGUGGCGUGCUAACGUUCUGCACUGGGCGAUUCUAUCGUAUCGACGCUUCAGUUCGACAGCAAUCGAAGCCCUGGAGCAUAUUAUUUACGCGUGUCUGGUGUACUUGCUAGUAUGCCUGGGCAUUUUUUAUACAACACGCAGCAACAGCCCAUUGUGGCGUUGGUGCAAGCUGAUCAACAAUGUGCGCUUUCCAAGACAACACAAAUUGGAUCGUGUUUUACUGGUGACUUCACAUCCGGACGAUGAAUGCAUGUUCUUUGGCCCACUAAUAUACACAUUAACACAUCGUUCCAGCUGCCAAGUGUACGUGUUAUGUCUGUCCAACGGUAAUUAUGAGAAACAGGCACAAUUACGACGUGAAGAAUUAUGGCGUUCAUGUGAAAUGUUGGGUGUUCCAGCUGCGAAUAUUAUAAUGGUGAACGCAACAAACCUUCCAGAUGACCCUAAUGUUGAAUGGAAAGCACCAGUUGUUGCUAAUUUAAUACUACACACCGUUGAAAGUCUAGAUAUUCAAGCGAUCUGUACAUUCGAUCGAGAUGGUGUGAGCCAACAUCCCAAUCACAGUGCAGUUUAUUUCGCUGCAGCGUCACUCUGCUUAGCUAAUUUAUUACCAAAAGAAUGCAAAUUUUAUACGCUGGACUCCAUAAAUAUUUUAAGGAAAUAUAUUUCGAUUUUCGAUUUGCUUUGUACAUGCUGCAUUUCGUCAUACUGGUGUAUAUUGGGAUGGGAUGAGGCUGCACAAAUACGUCGCGCUAUGCGUGAACAUAAAUCCCAAAUGAAAUGGUUCCGUUGGUUGUAUAUUUAUUUUUCACGAUAUAUGUUCAUAAAUUCGUUGCGUGAGGUGAAUCUUUCGGACAUCGAAUUGGAGAUGCAAAUUGACGAUAAUACCUUUUGAUUUGCAUCAACUUACAUUAGCUUUAAACAAUGCCGCAUACAGUCAGCCAGCCAAUAGUAAAAACUGAAUUAAAUCUAAAAAUAAAAUCAGACAAACCAGACGUACCACGUUGUAAUAAAAAUCUAUGUAUCAGUAUGUGUAGCAGCAAACACCGAAAAUGCUCCAACAACACAAAACUUAAAAGACAGACAUACAAUAGACAACACAUAGCGCCAGCAACAACAAUCAUUGCAGCUGAAUAAAACCAUAAAUAAAAAAGCUUACAAGAACUAUUUUCACAUUUAUGAAAAGGUAUAACGGUAUGCUGCCGGCUAAAAGCAAAAACCGAUAAAACAUUAAAUAACAUAAAAAAUAAUAAUUAUUAUUACGUGCAAUAGCUGACCGGUGCAAAAAUACAUUAAUUGACUAACUGCAAUAAUAAUUUUGGUGCUGCUACAAAAAUGGCAAUAAUAAUGAUGAUAAUGAAGUUUAGUGACGGUGGUGUUGUCGGCAGAGUGUCACGAAUGUUCAGUAUCUGGCGCCGAAAACUUUUAGAAACAGAAAACCAAAACCUAGGGUAACAAAGGGAAUGUGAAGUCAUUUGACGGCGUGUGAAAACGCUUUUGCCAACAAUAAUUGAUCAACAUGUGAACCUCUACAUACUAUUCGUACAUCUAAAAAAUGUAAUAUAUGCGCGUAAAUUUUAAGUAUUGGGUACAUGAAAAGCCAAAAACACAUAU